AUGUGUCUCUCAGACCCUCUCAGACAAAGUUGGUCCAGUACAGAGUCGGUCCAGUACAGAGUCGGUCGGUCCAGUACAGAGUCGGUCGGUCCAGUACAGAGUCGGUCGGUCCAGUACAGAGUCGGUCGGUCCAGUACAGAGUCGGUCGGUCCAGUACAGAGUCGGUCGGUCCAGUACAGAGUCGGUCGGUCCAGUACAGAGUCGGUCGGUCCAGUACAGAGUCGGUCGGUCCAGUACAGAGUCGGUCGGUCCAGUACAGAGUCGGUCGGUCCAGUACAGAGUCGGUCGGUCCAGUACAGAGUCGGUCGGUCCAGUACAGAGUUGGUCGGUCCAGUACAGAGUCGGUCGGUCCAGUACAGAGUCGGCCCAGUACAGAGUCGGCCCAGUACAGAGUCGGCCCAGUACAGAGUCGGCCCAGUACAGGACAGAGUCGGCCCAGUACAGAGUCGGUCCAGUACAGUACAGAGUCGGUCCAGUACAGAGUCGGUCCAGUACAGAGUCGGUCCAGUACAGAGUCGGUCCAGUACAGAGUCGGUCCAGUACAGGACAGAGUCGGUCCAGAGUACAGGACAGAGUCGGUCCAGAGUACAGGACAGAGUCGCCACAAAGCCGGUCUCUGUGGUGCAGGAGCUAACAGGGCCUUCACUGUCCCGCAGAGAUAGUGCUGAGUAA